UUUCUCUCUUCCUUCCUUCUUAAUUCACACACCCUUUUUCUUUCAGCUUUAUUUCAAUCCUCUCUUUUCCAAAUGGCCAGUGUUGAGGUUGCACAUCAAGCACCAGUAACAGCAGUGCAAGAAAAUGAACCAACCACCGAGGUAAUCAACACUCCGGAAACAAUCACAGAACAACAACCAGCCACUGAAGUUCCUGAGGCCACAGAACAACCAGAAGCUGAAGUUCCUGCCACCGAAGAAACAAUCGAAGAACCAACCGAAACAGCAAAAGAAGAAGCCCCAGCUGCUCCAGAAACCCAAGAUCCACUUGAAGUUGAGACCAAGGAGGUUGUAACAGAGGAAGCCAAGGAAGAAAACACAGAAGCACCUAAAGAAACAGAGGAAUCACCUGAAGAAGUGAAGGAAGAGGCAGCAGUGGAAGAGCCUAUUGCAACCAUUGAAAAUGAGUCAGCAGCACCACCAGCACCACCAGCAACUGCAGAGGUGGAGGAGGAGAAAGAGAACAAACCAGUUGAGCCAGUGGAAGCUCCACCAGCAGCAGUAGCAGAAGUUCCAAUUGAGACUUCUGAAGCUUAGACCAAUGGACACAGGGUGUGAAUGAAUGGAACUGCAAAAAGAAAGUUUAUAUGGUCCUACCAUUUUGCAUGUUGAGGUUGAAAAAGCUUUUCUAUUUAUUAUUUCUUUAGUUUCCUUUAUUAAAGUUAUUAUUAUCAUUAUGGUUAUUAUUAUGGAAGUCUAUGGAUAUGGUUAUGAAUUCAUAUGGAGGGUAUAGCUAUCUAUCUACAUCAGUUAUGUAUGGCACUUAGCUCCAUGUCAGCAUAUACAUGAAGUGAUGACCAUGUGAAAUUCUAUUGCAUGAGUUGUGUAUUGAAGUGAGCUAAGGGGCUAUAGUUGUUGGGAAGGUUACAUGAGUUUAUCAUGGUGUGUUACUGUGUUUCUCUAGAUUUGAAUAAAUGAUAUUUAUUUUAUAGUA